AUUUAUUUACUUUUUGAAUGACGUGUAUGUCGUUUGUGUACUGUGAAAUACUGUGGCUUGUAGGAUAUUUCGUAAAUUAACGUAGUAUAUCGUAAUUCUGUUUAAAGUUAACAAAUUCAUUGUCAAAUUUCAUGAAGCAACAAAAAUAAAAAAUGUCUGAAACAGAUAGACCAGGACCUUCUCAUGAACGAACCUUCGAGACAGGGGCUGGUGAUCGGCCGAUGACUUCAGAACGAGAAGCAUAUUUUCAAGCGCUGAGACUAUGGAUCCAACAAGCGCAAAUGUACCAAAGUAUUUCGUCAUGUUUUCCAUAUUACAUGAUCAGUUUGCAGGGGAUGCAAAAUGCUCCAACAAAUGUACCAUUGCUUAACAAUAACUACCAGUUCCAUGGGCAGCAAUUUCCAUUCCAAGUGCCAUUUGCUCAACGGGCAGUACCAGAAGGGCAAGUGCCAGCAACAGUCUUGAGUCCAGCUGAAGUUAUACAAAGACAUGGGGGGUAUGAGUAUAUCAUUCCACCACUUUACAAGAGACUUUUAGCAGAGUUCAUAGACUUUAUGCUUCUCUUCAUAUUGAAACUCAUUGUUACAUUUGUUGCUGUGGACAUGUUUGAUAUUAUUGAUUUGGAGAAAUUUGAUUUGUAUAAAUUCAGUGAAAAUUAUGAUGACUACAAGUUUGCAAUGGAAUUAACUAGCGAGAUACUCCUCUUAGAGAUUAUAUAUAGGAUACUUGUAUGUAUUUAUGAGGCAUUUUGUCUAAGUAGUAGUGUUGGUCGCAUGGGUGGUGCCACCCCUGGCAAGGCACUACUUGGCUUACGAGUAGUCACUGCAUCAGCUGUUAUACCUGUUGAAGGCAGGCCAAAAGAAACUGUGCUGCUAUACCCAGGAACACCACUCACAUUUGGCAUAGCACUGUUCCGUUCACUUUUGAAAAAUUUUCUCAUAUCUCUGCUUUUUCCUCUAUGCGUAAUCCUGUUCGUGUUCCGGUAUAACCGUACAGGGUAUGAUUUGUUAUGCGGUGUUAUUGUUGUUGAGGAAAAUAUGUUCCCACCAAGGCGGAAUGCACCUUAGUUCUAUACUUUUAAGAUAUAAUUUAAAUUGCUAAAGUCAAAAAGAUGUUGACCAAUAAGAUUUUAAACGAAAAGUACUAUAAUGAGGCAUGGUUCACAGGUGAGUAAGAAGACAUUUUUUUUUCACCAUAUAUGCAGUUAUUUUUUGUGUUAAAUUUCAAUACAUUUAAAAGGUAUGUUUAAAUAGAUCAAUAAUUUGAGUAAAUAAUUUUAUGAGGAUUUUCACUUUGAAAACAAUUUAAUAUUUCAAUAAUUUUGACUAGAACCAUCAGGUGUUGCAUAUUUUAUUAUAUAUUUUAUUUAUAAAAAAUAAUAAACUAAAUUAUUGUACAUAGUUGGGAUUUUCACUAAAUCUCAUUAAAUUUUAGUUUUAAAUUAAGUUAUACCUAUGGAUGUAUCUUUAUUUUGUUAUAGCUAACAUUAAUUAUGUAUUUAAAAACCAAAGAUAUUUUGGGCAUACAAGCAAUCUAUGUGAAUAAUUUCAAAAAAAUAUAAAUUAAUUUGUUACAUUUAUAUUCGUUGAGAAAAUAGGGUUGGACUUAGGUAGUAUCCCGUAGCACGAAUUAGGAGGUAAAAAAUAUUGUAGUUGUUAGAGUUUUAGUCCACGAUGCGACCACGAUCUUAUUACAUGGUAAUGCACCAUUUUCAAGAAAAUAACGAAAAAAAGUCUAAACUAAAACGCCUAAAUUACGUAAAUAAAACGGUACAUGAGCGCUGGCAUGGCUUUGGGAGGCAAAAAACUCGCUAAUAACUGUUAAUUGUAAAUGAAAAACAGUAAAAUUAAACGUAAAAAAUAGUAUGGGACAGACUAGACUGAUUCAUCAAUACUAAUUUUAAGACUAAAAAGACUAGAACCCACCAUUUUUAUUUUAUUUUCUAUAGAUAAAACAUAAUUUUUAUGCCGUUUCUAUCGUAGUUGCUAAACUGUGCAUUACCUACCUUGUAAUAAGAUUAGUAGCACUAUAAUUGUGGACCACAGCUCUAUAAACUACAAUUUAUAAAAAUUGAUUAUGUUAGGUUAUGUUAGAACAGUUAAAACAACGCACAAGCCGAGCAUAGUGUGCCGCGGCUGCGGCCGGCUAGUGCCAGAGACUAAUAAUUGUAAGCGUGUCCCUUUCUUUCCUCCCCUUAGAAACCCUUAAAAAGGUCGUAAUUUGAGGUAAGGUUAUAAUGAUUUUUUCUCUGGAACGGUGCAUUACUUUGUAAUAAGAGUGGUAGCAUUAUAAUUGUGAACUAAAGCUCUAUCAAUUACAGUAUUUUUAUCUCGUAUAUUCGUGCUACGGGAUACUAAGUUUUAACCGGAAAAUAAACAUACAAGCUAUUGUAAUUCAAAUGAAAUAUUACCUAUAUUACCAUUUAUCUCGUUGUCCUUUCACGCCGAUAUCUAAUAGUAUGUGGUGCAAACAUCCUAUGUGGCGAUUAUUCUUAGCCAUUAUGAACAUAAUAACUAAUCUUGCAUAAAAAAACUGUAUAUAUACUAAUUAUAAAAAAAAAUAUCAUAUUUCCUUACGAAAUAUGAUAUUUUACGAAAUACGAGUAUGUUGGAACUCACACUGAUAUUAUAAUCCCAUCAUAGUGAAACCAGCUCCAUGCGGACAGUUGAUGAAUUACUCAAUUUUAUGGGCAUACUGAUGUCUGUCAUGUUAGUUUUUGACUUAGAUAGUAAUUUAAUUAACAGAAAUGGUGCCACGUGGUAAGAUGCCACGCACACAAGCAUCUAAUUGUUGCCGUAAUAAAAAAGCUAUUGUUCUUAGGUAGUGUGGUAUCUGAUUGGAGCUCAGUGCCGGAUCUUGCCACUCAAUGGCAUCUUUAAAAUUUUGUAACAUACGCUUCGUGUGAAAUUAAUAAAAUACAAAAUACUUACUGAUGAUAUGUGAUCCCAGUGCCUUUCUUAUUUCUUGUAGUAUUAUUUUUACAAAGUUUUGCCACGCAACCCGGCAUUUUAGUUUAAAAUAUUAGCAAAGUUUAACAGAACAUGUGGCACGUCAAUAUCACACAUUGUGCGAAACUGGCUCGAGUACGCCCACUUGAGCGUAGUAUUAGUUGCCGACUUUGCGACUACGCCUGCAGUAUUUGGCAGCGGAGAUCCAGAUAUCCAGAUGGCAGAUAAUCCUUAAUCUAAGCCUGCAUACUUUUUAUGUUACAUUUCUUACAACCAUAUGACCUGUACAAAUAAUAUGACCAUGUCAUAUAAAUAAUUGAAACAAUUGUUUUUUUUUGCCUUUUUGUUUUAUAAGCAUAGAGCAAAUUGCUGCAUCGCAAUAGAAAGUAGGUAUCUACCCGACUAAAGUAUCUUUGUUCGGAAAUAUUUUAUCAAUGUGCCAUGUUACACAAAUAUGAUACAAAUUUUAUUUUACAAAAUCUUUGACCAUUAUAUUAAGUGAAAUGAAAAUGUUGAUGGCGGUAUUAAUUUUAAAUUCUUAUUGAUGUUGGAAAUCGGUACAAAUAAACAGUGGCAUAGUAGCAAUGAAAGCUGUGCUCUAUUUAUUUCAUAAAGUUUUUGUUAAUAUUUAUAUCUGCCUGUAUUACAUUAUAUAACGAGAAAAUA